CAUCCAUCAGUUUCUUCCAAACUGCGACCCUUGAAUCAUCGUUGUCCUCAACCAACCCAUCAUCAUCAUCCACCACCACCCACCUUGUUCUCUCCAUCUUCUUUCACCUUUCGCCUUUGUACAACAGGCUUUAAUUUCUUGCCAUCCUUUUCUUGGGGUUUUGACUUUGACCACUCAAUUCCUCUGGCCGAGCGCCUCUCUCCCCUCCUCCGGUUCAAGGUCAACAGAUCCCACAACAACCGGUCAUCACCGUUCUUUUCCUCCACGCAUCUAACAAUCCUUCUUGCCCAUAAUGGUCGGCUUGGUUUCUGCUGCCGGCCUGGUUGGGUUCUUGUCCGAACCUGAUCCAGAGCUCAGAAGCUUUGCCCUCAAGCAAUUAGAUUCACAGGUCGAUCUGUUAUGGACGGAAAUCGCCAAAUCUGUUGGUGACAUUGAAGCCCUCUAUGAAGAUGAUUCCUUCCCAGACCGCGAGCUCGCAGCCAUUGUCGCGGCCAAAGUUUACUACCAUCUCGAGGAAUACAAUGAGAGUAUGGCUUUUGCCUUGGGCGCCGGCAAGUACUUCGAUUUGGACAACGCUGGCGAAUUUGAGGAUACCAUCAUCUCUAAAUGCGUUGAUACCUACAUUGCUUUAUCGGCCAGUCGAGAUCCCACCCUUGCCGCCACCACCGCAGCCAGUGCCCAGUUAGACAAUGCCUUUGGACAAGGAGGCGACGGCGCCGCCAGCAUGUCUGCCAGCCUGACUUCCCCCGUCACUCCAUUCUCCCAAUCCGUCCUCCCCUCGAAAUCCCUUCUGUCCCGGCAAAACACCACCGUCUUCGACCCUACCCAGGCCGGAGCAGAGCCUAGUCUCGACGACUCAUCCAUAAUUAUUCAGCAGCGUGGCCUCCAGAAGCCUCUGAACCGUGUCAUUGAAACCCUUUUUGAAAAAUGCUUCCAGGAAAAGAGGUAUCGACAGGUCGUCGGUAUCGCUCUAGAAGCCCGCAAUCUUGACAUCUUGCGCCGAGUCAUCCGACGAGCUGCUCAAGAUGAACGUAAAGAGACCGGAGAAGCUACAAAGAGAGGGGAGGAGCUUAUGGACUAUGUCCUUGAUAUUUGCAUGAGUGUGGUGCAAGAGCGCGGUUUAAGAAAUGAAAUCUUGAAACUCAUCCUUGAGCUCCUCAACGAUAUCCCCUCCCCGGAUUACUUCGCCAUCGCCAAGUGCGUCGUCUAUCUUGACCAGCAUUCCAUGGCCUCCAAUAUCUUGCAGCAACUCAUCCGCAAUGGUGAUGCCCGCUCUCUUGCAGUGGCUUAUCAGAUCUCCUUUGACCUCUAUGACAACAGCACUCAAGAAUUCCUCCGCAAGGUUCGGGAGGAAAUCGUCGAUCUUCUUCCUCCAACACAAGAGGCCGAUCCUUCAGCAGACAGUGGGCCCGAUCUGAUGGAACAAGACCAAGAGGAAAAGGCCGAGGACCAGUUACAACAGGAGCUUCAAGACUCUGCAGGUGCUCCUCCCCCAGCCUCCAAAUCCAAGUUUACAACACCCGAACAACAGGAAGCUGUGAGGUCGAUAAGAGACAUUCUGGACGGGCUCAAGUCAAUACAUCUGAAUAUCGAAUUCCUCCACAAGUCCAACAAAGUCGACUUAUCUAUCCUGAACAAGAUAAAGGAUAGCCUAGAGGCGAGAUUCUCCAUUUACCACACCGCCGUGAGUCUGGCGACCGGCUUUAUGCAUGCCAAAACGGCCAACGACAGCUUCUUCCGUGAUAACCUCGAAUGGCUCGGCAAGGCCGUGAAUUGGUCCAAGUUCACGGCCACUGCCGCCUUGGGUGUGAUCCAUCAAGGCAACAUCAACCAGGCUCAAAGACUGCUCAACCCUUACCUUCCACGUCCUACUGCUGGAGUUGGUGGCUCCACCGGCUCCGUGUACAGUCAAGGCGGCUCAUUGUUCGCCUAUGGUCUGAUAUGCGCCAAUCACAAAGGAAAGGCAGUUGAAUUUAUUCGUAACAAGUUCAAAGAAGCUACGGAAGAAGUUGUACAACAUGGUGGAGCACUGGGUCUCGGUGUCGCAGGCAUGGCCUCGGGAGACGAGGGUGUUUUUGAAGAUCUGAGAAGUGUUUUGUGGGCCGAUUCCGCCAUCAACGGCGAGGCCGUUGGCCUUGCCAUGGGUCUCGUUAUGCUCGGCUCUGGUAACACAAAGGUUCUCUCUGAUAUGAUCCAACAUGCCCAUGAUACCCAGCACGAAAAAAUUGUCCGUGGUCUUGCCAUCGGAAUGGCCUUGAUCAUGUACGGUCGUCAAGAAGGUGCUGAUGAACUUAUUCAAGGCCUGCUCAACGAAACCGACCCUACACUGAGAUAUGGCGGCAUAUUGACCAUUGCUCUUGCUUACGUCGGCACCGGCAGCAACAAGGCAGUGCGGAAGCUCCUUCACGUCGCCGUCAGUGAUGUCAGUGAUGAUGUCCGCCGCAUUGCCGUCCUCUCUCUGGGCUUCAUUCUGUUCAGAAAGCACACGAGUGUUCCAAGGAUGGUUGAGCUUCUUGCAGAAUCAUACAACCCUCACGUGAGAUAUGGUGCGGCGAUGGCUCUCGGAAUUUCGUGCGCCGGUACUGGUUUGGCAGAAGCCAUCGACCUGCUUGAGCCCAUGCUGAAGGACCCCACCGACUUUGUUCGUCAAGGUGCUCUCAUUGCACUCGCGAUGGUUCUUGUUCAACAGAAUGACGCACUGAACCCCAAGGUUGGUACCAUCCGCAAGCAGAUGCUCAAGAUUGUGGGAGACCGUCACGAAGAUGCCAUGUGCAAGUUCGGCUGUGCCCUCGCCAUGGGCAUUAUUGAUGCCGGUGGUCGAAACUGCACCAUUAGUCUGCAGACCCAAACUGGUAACCUGAACCUGCCGGGGAUUGUGGGCCUUGCUGUCUUCACUCAGUACUGGUAUUGGUUCCCACUAUCCCACUUCUUCUCCUUGUCUCUGACACCAACAUCCAUCAUUGGCGUGGAUCAAAAAUUGGAAGCUCCUGUGUUUAACUUCCACAGCAAUACUCGCCCCAGUCUGUUCGAUUACCCUCCCGAACAAUCGACUAAAGCCGACGAAGCCCCUGAAAAGGUAAAGACUGCGAUUCUGAGUACAACUGCUCAAGCAAAGAGACGGGCUGCCCGCAAGGAGAAGCAACAAAGACGAGACAGCAUGGACGUCGAUGCCAUUACACCUGUCACAACCAAGGUCGACAAGGGUGAUAAGAUGGAUACCGACGAUGCCACUGUCAAGGACGAGGAAGAAAAGGACGGCGAAAAGAAAGAUGGGGAAAGCGCCGAACCGAAAAAGAAGGUCGAGAAAGAGAAGGUCGGAUAUGAGAUCAAGAACAUGUCCAGGGUGCUACCGGCCCAGCUCAAAUACCUAACUUUCCCAGACCAGCGCUAUCAGCCGGUGAAGAGACCAGUGACGGGUGGUAUCAUUGUUGUACUCGACACCGAACCCCAACAAGAACGAGAGGUUAUACCUCUGACCGUCAGCAAAGUCGAACCCCCAUCCGGCGGACAGACCGUUCAGGAACCGCGAGAAGAUGGCCUCGGUGGUGCAAAUCUGCGACCACAGGGGGUGCCACAAACUCCAGCAGGCCAGACUAUCGGAGCGGGACUUGCAGGAUCCGGUGCUGCCGCUGCCGCUGGAGUCUUGACAGCGGUCGAUGAAGAUGAGGAAGGCGCUGAAGAAGCUCCAGUACCACCGGAAUUUGAGUACGAGACUGAUGGAGAGGGUGAAGAGGCCUGAGAAAACCAAGCAUAGACAAACAACCCAGUUUGGGUCUGCAUAAGGUGUGGUAGACGCCGGGAAACACGCAAAGGAUUUGUCAGUUGGGAAUUUCUCUUUGAUGCCCAACCAUGGCGGUGUGAAGCGACCCCGACGGUCUAUGAUGGACACAACCACACAGAGUAUAAAGUAGUGGGCGUGGAGGUGAUUUGAGUACCGAGGCCUUGAUUGGCAUGAGAACUGCAUCAUCUUGACUGGGCGGAUUCGAAGCGUUGAGACGAGUCAGCAAUCGGCAGGAGAGGAUGGAUUCUCCCAAGCUGUUGCUCUAACUGACCGCUAAGAUGGUUGUACUACUUGACAUUUUCCCGAGUUUGUAUUUUAUCAUCAUCAGCAUACUAGUUAUGGACUCCCUGGUCUUUACUGUUGUCGCGAGUAUCAAGUAGAACUAGGGAUAGAUCUUGGGCGGUGAAUCAAGUUGACCUUUAUAACUGUGUUCUGUUGCUGGGUUACCCUGUGAUUCGAUUUAUGAAGGG